UUUUAAUUUUUUCUGUUUCAGAUCAUUCUUCAGAUUUGGGCAACGGCUUCUCAAACAUGUCAAUCAGCAAUGGAAAUGCGCAUUUUUCGAAUGGCCAUUCUCACCUUUCCCAGCACCCCCAACCUCAAAUGCAACAGCAGACGUCACUGUCUUCUGCCAAUCAGCACUUGAGUGAAUUCCAGAUGCUCAUGGACAACAAUAGGCCAGCUGUGUUGCAGCCAGUCAGCACCGGCAACGUCCAUCACGAUUCGCUAAUAAACGAAUUCAAGAACCUAGUCUUAGAACUCAGUAAAAACCCGACUGCGUUUGACGAACGCGUGCCCUUUCUCAUAGAAAGUCUCAACUUCACAAACACCGUACCAACAGAAGUUAUCAAAGAAAUAGUCGCUACUUUGGUGAAAUGGGCAAUAGAAAGUGAAAGUUUUCGGUACACUGGAUCGAAACUGGCAAACUACCUCGCUCUUCCUGGACAGCUAACCUUCGAUUUCCUUAAAGUAUUUCUCGAUAGUGUGACGACUGAGUGCUACGACAGACUGGACGACCUGAUCAGCUGUACGACAGCCAACGACUACCAAGUGCUGGAGGGCAUCAUGCUGUUCAUGAGUGAGUUGUACUUGAACAUGGGCAUCGUCACCCUAGACAGCACAGGCCAACAUGUGCAGUCAAUAUCACGCAUCGAGUUCCUCAAAGACACUUUGAAGCGUGCAAUUCUCAAGAUACUGGAGAAGGCAGACUCAGACAAGCCCCUCAACACUGUCGGAAAAGUGCUCAAGUUGACGGGGGCUGCACUAGAAGAGCAGAAACAGACGAAGCCGGACAAAGAGCUCACCGACUUAAUCUUCGUCCACGUGGACGCCAUAUCAAAGCAAGACUAUUGCCACAGGUAUUAA